AUGUGUUAUGAAUCCGGACUUUUAUGUACCUAUACUACUAACGCUACAGUUGAAUUACCAGAUACUAAUUAUGAUGGAGAUGCAGCAGAAACUUGUUUCACUACUGUAUCAGGGACAACACCUUCUACUGCUUGUACAGCCGAUUCGGGAACAACUGUGUAUCACUGCAGUACGAAAUUUACAGUAACUGAUGGUGUCACUACGGGCGUUGUGCGAGGCUGUGCCCUGAGUACUUUUGGUGAAGACACUCACUCCGACGCAGUUCCAACCGAAGAUAGAUGUAUAACUGCUCUUAAUGCUAUCGGCAAUCCAACCGCGACAACAACUUGCUACUAUCAUUGCAGCACACCUGACAACUGUAACACUGAAAAUACAGCCUCGUUGAAACAAUGCCCAAAUGAUUGUACCUCCGGAUCUAGUCAUGGGAGCUGCAACUACAUCACCGGGGUAUGCGUUUGUAACUCAGGAUGGUCUGGUACUUAUUGCAACACGACAGUUACUACAACCUCAAGCGGGGCUUCCAGAAAAUGUGUUCAGUGUAACUCAGAAAUUGAUAGCGGAUGUAGUACAUCAACAACAAGUGUGGAUUGUCCAGGGACUCAAGCAUAUUGCUCUACAAGAACAUCAACCAUUUUUGACGGAUCCGAUGCAGUUAUUCACACUGUCACCACCAAAGCUUGCACAGCUGAUUUCAAAGCUGUUGAUCAAUGUGUAUUCAACGAUAUUCACAGUGACUCACCAAUCAACCUAGCAAGUGUUGGUUACAGCGAGUUUAACUGUUUUUCUACCUGCGAUACUAAUGAUUGCAACACCAACACAGCUGAUGGAAUGAUCAACGGUAAUGAAGCAGUUCCACUUCAAUGUGUCGUUUGUAGUGAUACCACAGGAGCCGGUACCUGCAACACAGCAACAGCAAGACAAGCUUGUCCGAGCGGAUCUACUCAUUGCAAACAUACAGCAAUAUACCAUAUAUCUGACAGAGUCUAUCUUUCUUAUGCAGCCAAUCCAGAAUAUGAACUUAUUAGCGUUGUACGUGAGUGCGCCACUGCUGCCGUGACAAGAGAAUGCACUGAAGCUUCAAUCGGAAGUCUCAGUUUCAAGAAAGUUACUUGCACUGAAACAUGCCAGGGUGACGGAUGUAACGUUGGAUGGCCUGCAAGACCCGAAUGUAUCACAUGCUCGUCACAUGCUACAUACGAUACUGAUGCCUAUGAUGAAUGUCUUAAAAAUCCACCAAUACCGGCUGCAUGCAGUCAUCCAUACCACUCAAGUUGCAUAAUCCACGACAGCGGUCUCGAGAAGGGAACUGGAAGUAUGUGA